CAAACGCAACGGUAAAGUUGGAAUGUGUCUGUCUGAGUCAAUGAGUACAUUUCAGACUCCUGCUGCUUCAGUCACGCUGGCUGAACUUGGGAUAGAUACCAGCCUUCAGAACACAAUGGACGGACAGGCAUAUGGGAGAGAUGGAACAAAUGGAAAAGCAUGGAUAGAGGGUGAAAAAAGAAAGGAUGACGACCUGGGUCAGAAGGAAAUGUUGGUGAAGGAAGGAUGUGCAGUGAAGGAGGGAUCAGCGAAGGUGAAGAUGGAGGAGAGAGGUCACUGGGGCAGCAAGACGGAAUUUCUUCUGGCCGUAGCAGGCAAUGUGGUGGGACUAGGUAACGUGUGGAGGUUCCCCUACCUCUGCUACAAAAAUGGUGGAGGGGCGUUCCUGGUGCCGUACCUGGUGUUUGUGAUGACCUGCGGGGUGCCCUUGUUCCUGCUGGAGACGGCCAUGGGACAGUACACUCAGGAGGGAGGCAUCACCUGCUGGAAGAGGCUGUGCCCAUUGGCCGAGGGUAUCGGCUAUGCAGGGCAGUUGAUCCUCCUCUACAGCUGUAUGUGUUACAUCAUCAUUUUGGCCUGGGCUCUGUUCUACCUGGUCUUCUCCUUCAGCGCUCAGCUCCCCUGGGCAAGCUGCACCAACCCCUGGAACACUGAUGACUGUGUUGACUUCUCCUCUCAAAACCGUACUUUCAAUUGGACUGGACAGAUGAACUCAACCUCUGCAGCCACUGAAUUCUGGGAGCGUCGUGUGCUGGCCAUCUCGGGGGGCAUAGAGGAGGUGGGCAGUGUCAGGUGGGAGGUGCUGCUCUGUCUCAUCGUCAUGUGGGUCAUCUGCUACUUCUGCAUCUGGAAAGGGGUCAAGUCAACAGGCAAGGUUGUAUAUUUCACUGCUACCUUCCCCUACGCGAUGCUGCUGGUACUACUGAUCAGAGGCCUGACUCUGCCAGGGGCCCUGCAGGGGGUCCUGUUCUACCUCUACCCUGAACCAGACAGGCUCUCUGACCCCCAGGUGUGGAUGGAGGCCGGCUCCCAGAUCUUCUUCUCCUACAGUGUGGGAGUGGGCUCCUUAAACGUGCUGGGCUCCUACAAUACCUACAACAACAACUGCUACAAAGACUGCCUGUGGCUGUGCUUGCUGAACAGCGGCACCAGCGUGGUUGCUGGGUUCGCAGUUUUCUCAGUCCUGGGGUUCAUGGCUCAUGAACAGGGCGUUCCCAUUGAGGAGGUGGCGGAGUCGGGUCCUGGGCUGGCGUUCAUAGCGUACCCCCAGGCAGUAGCCAUGAUGCCCCUGCCUCAGAUGUGGGCUGUUUGUUUCUUCAUCAUGAUCAUUCUACUGGGUCUGGAUACACAGUUUGUUGCCAUGGAGGUGGUGAUGACGUCAGUAUCAGACCUGUUUCCCACGGUGCUGCGGAGGACUGGGCGCAGGGAGCUCUUCCUCCUCUUCUUCUGUCUCACCUGCUUCUUCUUCCAACUCAUCAUGGUCACAGAGGGUGGGAUGUAUGUGUUCCAGAUCUCUGUGAUCUACUUAAAGAGAGUGUUUGUCCUAGUCACACCUCUCUCCUCCUGUCCCCAGGGUGGGAUGUAUGUGUUCCAGAUCUCUGUGAUCUACUUAAAGAGAGUGUUUGUCCUAGUCACACCUCUCUCCUUCUGUCCCCAGGGUGGGAUGUAUGUGUUCCAGCUGUUUGACUACUAUGCCUGUAAUGGAACCUGUUUGCUCUUCCUCUCUGUGUUCGAGUCCCUGGCCAUGGGAUGGAUAUUUGGUGCAGAGCGUAUGUAUGGCGUAAUAGAGGACAUGACAGGGAUGAGGCCUAACCCCGUCUUCAAGCUCUGCUGGCUCUACCUGACCCCUCUGGUUUCUCUGGUGUCGUUCAUCUGCUCUCUGGUGGAGUACCAGCCCCUGACCUUCAACCGCUGGUAUGUGUACCCAGGAUGGGUGUAUGUUCUGGGCUGGCUGUUGGCCCUCUCCUCCAUCGUCCUGGUCCCCGGGUGGGCCCUGCUGCAGAUCUGCACCGGGACAGGCAGCCUUAGAGAGCGUUUCCUCCACUUGUGUCGGCCAGACAAUGACCUCCCGUUGACCCGGAAGAGAAAGGCUGUCCUCUGGAGCAGAGAUGGAGGUACACUCAUGACUGCAGCAGAGGAAAGCACAGACAACUGAUACACACCCAGAAAAGCUUCUGUGUCAAAGCUCUUCGUAUACUGAACGUUUAUUUCAACACCAAGCUGAACUCUUGUAUCUUUACCAACACGUUGAGAGAAACGCAUUGAUAAUGAACAAUGGUGCAUGUUUCAAUAGUGUCAUCAUGUUCCAUAUUUGAAGUGUUGCCACCUUACAUUUGAAAGGACAAAGCUCAAACAACCUAGAGACACUGUAGGUUGUCAUUGUACAAAACAAUGUUCUUUCAACUGUCCCCACUCAGGGCUUAACAUGUGUAGUGGCUUCCUUUAGUUUUUACCAUAGCCACUGCCCAAGCCUGAAGUGGGGUUGUUUGAUACGCACACAGUCCACACUCAAGGUUUCCAAACGGCCAAACAUUCAAUGACAUCCAGGGAUA